UUAUAAAAGGCCAAACCUCUUUCUUUGACCAAUCAAAAUUCAGGAAACGUGGAGGUGCGGUCAAGAAGAAAAAUUGUCAACAUACAUUUACCAGGUAGUGUUUAAUCGUGUCGAGCAUCCAUGCAAAUUAUUUACACGUGGUGUCAGUUUAAGGAGUAACAAACAACCAAACAGUCAUGUCUGAAUGUCCGAUCCAACAAAAUGGUGUUGAGCGUGACAGUCCAUUCCGCAAAUGGCAGAGGCCGGACUUGCCAUAUAAGUGUACCUAUCAUCAAGCGAAAUCAAUGGCAGAGUCUCCACACCGUCAUGUACCACUGAAACCCAAGCCAGCAAUCAUGUCAACAAUUCUGGACAACAUUGGCAACACUCCACUUGUACGUCUCAACAGAAUACCAAAAUCAACAGGACUACAGUGUGAAGUCUUGGCUAAAUGUGAGUUUUUCAAUGCCGGGGGCAGUGUAAAGGACCGUAUUGGAAUGCGAAUGGUGGAAGAUGCAGAAAAGGCAGGAGUGCUCAAACCUGGCGAUGUUCUGAUUGAGCCGACUUCAGGAAAUACUGGCAUUGGUAUGGCCCUAGCUGCUGCAGUGAAAGGUUACAGAUGUAUUAUUGUCAUGCCAGAAAAAAUGAGCAUGGAGAAGGUUGAUGUGCUGAGAGCUCUUGGUGCCGAAAUUGUUCGAACUCCAACGAGUGCUGCAUUUGACUCACCAGAAUCACACAUCAGUGUUGCCAAGCGACUGAUGGAGGAAUUACCUAACUCACACAUCUUAGAUCAGUAUCGUAAUGCCAGUAACCCCCUAGCUCAUUAUGAUGGCACAGCGGAAGAGAUUCUACAGGCUUGUGAUGAUAAAGUUGAUAUGAUUGUGCUUGGGGCAGGAACCGGUGGAACUUUGACUGGCAUUGCUCGUAAAUUUAAGGAAAGAUGUCCAAAUUGCAAGAUCAUAGGAGUGGACCCAGAAGGCUCAAUCCUGGCCGAACCAAGUGAGCUCAACAAGACAUCUGUAACAGGAUAUGAAGUGGAAGGAACAGGAUAUGACUUCAUACCAACUGUGCUGGAUAAAACAUUUGUUGAUAAAUGGUACAAGAGCACUGAUCGUCCCUCCUUCCAGAUGUGUAGACGUCUUAUACGAGAGGAAGGUCUUCUAUGUGGUGGAAGUAGUGGUGCCACAAUGUACUGUGCUCUACAAGCUAUGAAAGAUUUUGGAUUGAAAGAAGGUCAAAGAUGUGUUGUCGUAUUCGCUGAUUCUGUCAGAAACUACAUGUCGAAAUUCCUGAGUGAUGAUUGGAUGAGUCAGAGAAAUUUCCUCGAGUUAGAUCCUGCUGAUGCUCGCUCCAAUUCCUGUCAAUCCAAGUCCUGGUGGUGGAAUUUGAAUGUGAGUGCCUUGAAACUGCAGAGUCCGCUGACUGUUACACCCAGUGUUACUAUCUGUGAAACACUUGAACUGCUUAACAAAGAAGGAUUUGAUCAAGUCCCGGUGGUUGAUAAAGAUGGAACUAUCCAAGGUAUGGUGACAGUAGGAAACAUGAUGGCACAGGUUAUCAAGUCCAAAGUUCAGAAGUCAGAUCCCGUUUCCAAGGUGAUGUAUAAGCAAUUCAAAAUGGUUCAGAUGGACACAUCUUUAGGACAGUUGUCACGGAUGUUAGACACAGACCAUUAUGUUCUUGUUGUACAUGGACAAAAACAGUAUGAAGGUGAUAGCAAGACAACCCAGAGACAGAUGAUAUUUGGUAUCGCUACAAGAAUUGAUCUACUGAAUUUUAUCACAGAAAACCUGUCUCUUAUGGAUGGACAGGCAAAUGAAAAGAAGUAAAGUGAAGAGCUGCACAGAGCUGAACUACUCUGAUGAUGACACAACAAAAUUGAUUAAUGUUAGAAACAGUCAUUUUGAUUGGUUGCAAUCCUAAACUUUUCCCAUUUAUCCAAUCAUGAUUCAGAUUAUCAUAUUCACGCAAUUUGAUUUGUAUAUGAUGUCUACUGUAAUCCAAUCAUCUUUCAGAUUAUCAUAUUCAAGCAAUCUGAUUGGCUACAUUAGUAUGUGAUGUCUAUUGUUAUCCAGUCAUGUCAGUAUUGAAUUAAGUUGAAAUCAGUGUCUAUUGAAAAUUUUGUCUAGUCAGAUUUUUGCAGAAUUUUGUGUUAAAAUCUAGGACCCAACUUCAUAAUCUAGAUGUUGAUUCAGUUUCUUUUAACAUUAUUUCCUGGCAAAUCUCUUUUUAUCUUGUCUUCAUGUUUUGGCUGUAUUUCUAUGAGCUGUGUUAUUGUUUAUUUUUGGAAAUGUAGAAGCAGAUAUCAUUUGGAUUAGGUUGUGUCAUAUUUCAUUAAAUACAGUCCGGCUAGCAACAGACAUAAACAAUAUUUGAGCCACGCCAUGAGAAAACCAACAUAGUGCUUUUGUGACCAGCAUGGAUCCAGGCCAGCUUGCGCAUCCACAGUUUGGUCAGGAUCCAUGCUGUUCGCUGACGGUUGUUCUAAUUGCAAUAGGUUUUGAAAUCAUACUGCAUUGUAGAACUAUAUUUCACAUUGUUGUCUCUUGCUCUGUUAGAGGAAGUACAAAGAAAGAAGGGAUUGUCUUCCUAACACAUGCUUUGUGAUAACUUAAUUGUAUAUACACGGUACAUGUAUUCCAGUGUUGCUCAUAAUUGUUUUUUGCAUGGUGUUUCCUUAGGAUUCUUAAUGAUAUAAUGGGGCAUUUCCUUGUAAACUGGUGACAGAACGGGGACCAUUGUAAAAUGUUUUAUUUUUUUUGUUAAAUGUAUUUUUUAUUUGAUGGUUAUUAUAUUUUUGAAAGUGCUGUUAAUCUAAUGCCAUUUUAUUUGGCAUACAAAUAUGAUCAGAAUGAUUUUGGUUUAAGGUAAUUCUGCAUGUUUGAUUAAGGUAAUUCUGCACGUUUGAAAAACCGAAAGUGAUGGCGUAACGUCAUUUAUCCGGAAAACGUAUAAUAAAGCCUCGAUUCGGCGUACAGAAAUGAAAAUCAAUUAAUGAAUUAAUCGAAACAUGUGCAUGAAUUUAUUACAGUGGCACUGUUGCUAUAUCUUUUAAGUCAAAAUUUGAUAUUAAAACAAAAUUCGUAUGAAGCGAGUUUGCUAUUACCGAAAUAAUUUUACAAAGAAAUAGAAGGACUCAGCCGGGGAAUCCGGAUUUUGUUCGUUAUAGCCAAAAAUUUGUAUCAAGCGAGUUUGUAUUAAGUGGACUCGACUGUAUAUUCUGAAGUUUUGAAAAAUCAGAGUUUAAUCAAAUUCUACAUUGUAGAAAAAAAAUUGACUCAAACAUGCAGAACUACCUUAACCAGAAGUUACAGCAGAACAUCAUUUAUACAGAAAACCUAAACUAAUGCCUGGUGGCCACUGUAUGAGUAGCAUAUAUGCGGCCAGCAAUCUAUUUCAUCCCAUGUAUUGAGUGUUAAAAAGUCAGCCCUACUGUCUAAGUUAAGGUGAAUUUUAAUGCUGGAUAUGUUUUGAUGUAAAAUUAUUCAAAAUAAUAAAAUAAAAUAAGCAGCAACGUAAGGACUCCAGCUGAUAUUUCGCGAAUUGUUAAAAAAUAAGCACACAGACUGAUACAUAUUCUUGGUCAUAUGGUUAAAAGGAGGUAAAUCUACAACCUUGAAAAGUCAUUAAAAACUACUCUACAUUGUGGAAUAUUUUCAGUAUGUGAAAAUGUCAUCAAAUUUGUUAUUUUCCCUUUGAAGUCUAUUUUGAAACUUGACUGAAGGAUCAGUAGUAACAAGAAAUAGCAAUCGAACAAUUGUAUCUUUGUUGAAAAAACAUGUUUUAAUAAAAUGCUAUGUUGUAGAACAGUAGUCAUUUCAAACAAACACAACUAGCUUAAAAGAAACUGAUUUUUCCAGAAGAUGUGUGGGUUUUUCUAUGUCAAGUACACUGAUUUGUCAAGAAAAGAACCAAACAUUGGUAAUUUAUAUAGGUGAACAGUUCAGCACAGUGUUUUGACACUCCAGUAUGACCCCAGCUGGAGUGUAUAAGUACUGUGAGAUUUGAUGUAAAGUAAUUUUGAAACCAGAAUUUUCAGUCCUGUUUGGGGCCUUAUAACCUGCACUAUGUGCACUGUAAAACGUAAACAAACCUAGUCUAACCCUCUGGCAUGAACUUGGCUGGAUUGUAACAGUACUGCAAGAUUUUAACCUUGCAAUAUGACCUCUGCUUGAUUGUAGCAAUAGUGUAAGGUGCUUACCCUCCAGUAUGACCUUUUCUGUAAUAUUAAAUUGUAAGAUUUUUACCUUCGAAUAUGACCUUAACGGUAUUAUAACAGUAGUUUUGCAACUUUCCGUCUUCCAAGCUCAUUACGCAUUAGAACUACCUUUUCGUUGCAUGACAGAGCCAGUAGCUUCGAGACUACUUUAGAGACAUACUACAGUAAGAUUCUUUCCCUCCAAUAUUACCUCCACUGUAUUGAUGCAAUACUGUAAGAUUCUAACCGUUGGGUAUGACCGCAUUUGUAAUACUGUGAAAUCAUUAAUAUUCGUGGGUGACUAAAUUUCAUGGUUGAGUCAAUCCACAAAAUUUAAUCCCAACGAACAAGUAAAAUUCCCAUUCAUUUUAUGUUCAAAAGUUGAAAUCCACGAAUUCAUAUCCCCACGAAAUUUUCGUUUUGACUGAAACCACGAAAUUUCAUGCCCACGAAAAUUAAAUGAUUUUACAGUAUGUUAAACUGCCAUAAGAUUUUGUUUGGAUUGCUUGAAAUCAAGAUAACUUGAGCAUGUUAUUGCUCAUCCCCUAUUGACUUCAAGAGUUUGAUUUUGUACUAAUAUAUGCAAAUAUAAAAACUGAUCUGCACUAAUACUACCUACCCAUAGUCUGUUUGAUUGAAGCUCUCCUUAAUGGGCGGUCCUAGGUCGAGGAUAUAUGUGGGUUCUUGCAGAAUGUCAUAUAUACUGUUUUUUGAUGUGGGUACAAAAAAAAAACCCACAUGUCUUUAUUCCGAUCAAGUCAUGGUAUGGGUAUUUUUAUUUCAGGAUGUUUUUUUUUCCUGCAAGAUAAUUUCAUAUGUGUGAAUCUCAUUGUCUUGCAUUUUGUUGUUGUUGUUGUUGUUGUUGUUAUGCUUCUGUUCAGUGAAGUCAUUUAAUUUCAUGUGUGUGAAGAGUCCUGUAUGAAUAUCAGUGACUUUGCAGUAUGUAACUUAUGUAUUCCUACGCCUUAAAGUGACUUGUUAACACUUUUUGAGGAAAAGUAUUCCUAUUUUCUCUAAAAAGUGUUUGACGAUGACCUUAGGUACAAACAAAUUGACAAAUAUAUUUUUUCAAGGUAUUCCAGUGUAUUUGCUGAUACAACAUUUAAAAGAGGGUAAACUUUGAAAUAAUAAAUACAGUCAUCAUUUUAAUAAUAUUUAAUCCCAAUUUUACGUUCAUUUAAUCUUUUUAUGUCAUAUAAAAUCAUUGAUAUUCAUGGGGGACUAAUUUUCGUGGAUUUAGUGGUUCAGUCAAUCCACGAAAUUUAAUCCCAACGAACAUGUAAAAUUCCCAUUCAUUUUAUGUUCAAAAGUUGAAAUCCACGAAUUCAUAUCCCCAUGAAAUUGCCAUUUUGACCAAAACUACAAAUUUCAUGCCCACGAAAGUAAAUGAUUUUACAGUAAGCAUUUUCUGUCAGUGUUUGUGGUGUGGAAAUAACAAAUGAAUAUGUGUCUUUAAAUUUUUGUUAAAAUUUUGUUUAGCUUUAAUUAUUUCAUUGACAUCACUGGAUAUGGUCACCUUCUUUUUAGCACAAUAUCCUUAAAAGUCCAUUUCAUAGGGUAUAUGUGGUCACAAUGCCCAUCUGUAUGAUAGUUUGUUAGUCUGUCCAUUCAUGUCUUAGCUAUAAUUUUGAGAUUACUCAAUGAAACUACACAAAUGUUAAGCAUGAUUUGAGGACAUACAAAUUCAGAACUGUGCCUCCAAGGUCACAGUUUUUGGCACUUAUAAUUUUCCUGCCCAUCCAUAUAAAGUGUUUUGUACCUCAGACAAGACUUACAAAUGAUUUAAAGAAAUUCCAUUGAAAUAUUAUAAAACCGAUUUGAAAGUGUGUUACAAGUUUUCACAUUUUGUUUAAUUUGUUGUGAAAAUAGAAUGUCUUUGUAAUUCUAGAGGAAUUCUUUAAAUAAACUAUUGAUCUAGACAUAUGAAACUGUCUACUUCUGAUAACACUACUUCUUGGUGUAACAUAUUAAGAUAUAAACAUUGUUGCUAAGAGCAAAUAAAGUUAUUUUCAAGAGGAA